AAAAAAAAAUCGCUACAAUAACGGACCCUUUCGCGCACCUCGCGUUGCACAAUAGCAGGUAUACCCAUAUAUACGUAUAAUAACGAACCGCCCCAUGCGGUUCGUCACACACAGGGCUAAAAAAUUUCGCUCGCGCACAAUAUAGCCGGCGAGAACAACAGACGCGGUGUAGUACGUGCAUAUAUGUAUAUAUCUAUAUAUACGCACCUAAUACUUGUAUACACUUAGUAGCCGGCUGUGUGCUUAUACGCGCACAGCCAACCGGCGCCCGAAACUUUUCCACAUAUGAUCAAUAAUUCCCCUCCACUAUAUACGUUAUACGUAUGUAUGUAUACAGUAGACGCGGCGCGAGCGGUGAGAAAAAAGGAAAGGUUCGGCGAGGAGCUUCAGUCGCUCACGGCAGCGCAGACGGUAGAGAAGUGGCUCAAGGCCAGGAUUACUAUACUUGCUCGCCAAUGCGUAAACACCAGCGACUACUGCCGCCGCUCUUGCAGCACGUUUUUAUACCAAGAGCUCAAAUUCCGCAGAUGCCAACAGCGAGAUUACACUAAUUGCUGCUAUGAGUCUGAAGAUUUGCUUAGGAAGCACUUGAAGCGUAUAUAGUGUGAGAGAGAUAAAGAAUAUGCAACUGAAUCGUGGUAAUUGUGUCAUCGAAUGAAUCAUCUUACUGCAGUAAAUCUUUGCCAAGAUAGUACUUGAGAUGUCAAAGAAAUUUGCCAGUGGUAUUAAAAAUGUCCCAGAAGGCACAACACUUGGAAGUGAUAAGAGAAAGCUUUCUGCUUCUAGCAGAAGACUUUCUCCGGAAAGGACAUUCCAUAGAAGAUUUAAAAAACGUAACAAAGAUUCGCAGAAAACCUAGUAAAUCUAUCUUUCGUCACUUCUACAGCAAGAAACUCAUUCUAGUUAUUCUGUUGCCACUACUCUACAGUAUUGUCGUCGAGAGGUUUGGCAUUGAUUUUCUUAUCCAGUACACGCAAAAUACCAGAUGUCUUGUACCGAAUAAUUAUCUGGUAUGGGAAUUUACCAGGCCUGUUUCGAAUUGUGAUUUCUGCAGAGGUGUCAAUUCUGCCUUGGUCCUGAACAAUUUGACAAAAGAGGAGUUUCAAAAGUAUGCCUAUUCCUCCAAGCCAAUAAUUGUAAAGAAAGCAGCUAGCCACUGGAUGGCUUCCAAAGUUUUUAGCCUACAAUUCUUCCAUAGCUUGUACGAGCAAAUACAUGGUGCCUAUGAAUCCGUCGAAGAAGAAUGUCAAUUUUUACAUUUUCGAAGCAAUUUUGCUAAUCUAAAGGAAGUAUUUUCUAUGAGCGAGCAACGAGCAAUGAAUUUACCAGGUGAGGAAGCCUGGUACAUAGGAUGGAAGAAUUGUCAUCCUCAGAUCUUAGAAAUAAUGAAGAAAUUUUAUGAGCCGCCACACUUUUUACCAGAUGACGCAGAGAUACCAAAUACAAAUUAUAUAUUUUUAGGGUACGAGCAAGGUGCUGUCAUGCAUCUUGAUUACAUUUCACGGCUCAUGUGGCAAGGCCAAAUUAUUGGAAGUAAGACUUGGACUGUCGCGCCGACACCCGAGUGUGAAGACGUUUGCAAAUCAUUUAGUUUUUUUGUCGACACUGGAGAUGUAAUUUUACUCGAUACCAGAAUAUGGUAUCAUGGCACACAAGUUGAAAAUGGACAGUUUAGCCUUACUGUCACUUCCGAAUAUGGGUAGACUGAAUUUUUUAUUAAGGAUCAUUGUUAGGAUUUGUAAAUAUGUAAAAUUUUGAUUGCCUGGAUUGCUUUCCAAAGAGUAAUCGAGAACUUAUUUUUUUAAAUCAUGACUCAGGUUUUAUUGACCUAAGUGAAUUUUAUAAAAACUUACCAAAACCUUGCCAUAGAUCACUGUUAAUGUUCUAGGAUUUUAUUUUUCAUAGUAAAAAAAAAAGAUUAUUUUACUUAUUUUAAUUCUUUAUUUCUGCGAUUUUGCCAUAAAUUGUCAUAGAAAUAUUUUUAAUUGACAUGCUUGUUUGAAUUAUUUACUUUAGAGUCUUUAAAAUCUUGUGUUUUGUAGGAAUAGGGAAAUAAUAACGAAAAGGAUGAAUACGAUCAUGUAUAUGCAUGUAAUUUUAAAACUAAUGUACUAACAAUAACGUUAAAUCAGUGCCAAAAAUUACUCGCAUGAAUAAAUAAUUUACACUAUUAUGCGAUAAAAAGACAAUUCCAAUGCAAAGUCAAUUGCUUGCUGCCAUAUUUUUGCUUUGCACAGCAAGACAUACGAGUAAAAACAGAAUUACGAAAGAUCAAUUAUAUUUUAUGAAUCACGAAAGUAUAACUUUUAAAAGAAAAGACGUCAAAGUAUUUAUCGUAUAAGUAAAACACUCCUUUUAAACCAUAUAUAUUAGCUAGUCGAUCAUGAGGAUUUUAACGAAAGUACUUGUAAAUAAGUCCAUGUAAGACUGAAAGUACUAUUAAGUCAGAAAAACUUCGCGCUCCAAAGCAUGUAAUAUAUAUAAUAUAUUUAUAAUAAGUCGAACUCUAAAUUGUUAAUUUUUUAUUUUUUACAUUCAAACUUUGCUACAGAUCUCCUAUAAUUAUCUUGCAUCUAUAAAUCUUUUAAUAAGAGUAUAUUGUUCAAUAAAAAUUGUUGAAAUAUAUAAAA